AUGCCGUCGGAAACACCACAGCCCUCGCUGCACCACCACCAAGACCCCCCGCCCCCGCUGCCCGCCCAGCAGCACGCGUCCGCCGCGUCGCACCCGCCGAGCAAGCCCGCCGUCGCCUCGCCGGCCGCGUCCGCUGAGCCUGCGCAACAGCGCUCUAGUGCAGGCAAUGGCGUAGCCGACAGCCCGCCAAAGCCGCCCUCCACAGACAUCGCCGCCGCGAGCAGUCCCCAGCCUCGCAAACACAAUCCGCCCCCCGCCCAGGACCCUGCCAGACGCCCCGACGCCCACGGUACGCCCCAGGCUGCCUCGCCCCCGCUGCGCCAGAACACGCCCUCGUCCCUGUCGGCCCAACACGCCGAAAAAUUAGACUCGGCCGCCCACAGGCACAAGCGCAGCAGCUCGUCCGCCCGCCCAACGCCCUCGCGCACCCCAACCGGCCAGAGCAGCAUUCCCAUCGAGCUCAUCCCCGCCGAGCUGCGCGGCGACUUUGCCCCCGGCGUGUGGGAGCCUGCCAACCAGAAGCGCCGCACCCACAGUCGCAACGUCUCGCUCGCCGAGCCCAAGUCGUCCGACGAGGAGGACAACGCCCGCAAUCGCCGCAAGACGUCGCAGCCGCUCUCCCAGACCAGCGCCACCGCCGGCCGCAAGCGCAGCGCUCCCGAGACCACCACCUUGCCCCACCGCGCCAGCAGCGGUGGCGUCGCCGACGACAGCACCAACAUCGCCGCUUCUUCUUCUGCGCGCAAGAAGACCACCGCCCAACACAUUAACCACUCGCACAGCCACAGCACCAGCGCCGCCGCCCACCAUCUCCAUCGUCCGCCCGCCGCCCGCCACCAACACGCCCAGUCGCUGCCUCACAUCGACACCUCCGCUCCUGCCAGCAGCCGCCACCGCCGCACCGCCACGCUCAAUUCGACCCCCACCACGCCCUACUCAGCCAUGGUCGGCCUGUCGGACAAGAAGCGCGUCAAGGGCGUGAAGAUAACCCGCGCCUUCCGCAUUGGCUCCGAGGCCUGGAAGUUGGACGAGAAGAACCGGCCGCCCGGCAUCCCCGAAGACCACACCACGGGAUGGCGCGUGUACGUCGAGAACGUGGAUGGCGGUCCGGACAUGAGCACCUGGCUGAACAAGGUGCAAUUCAGCUUGCACGAGACGUAUCCGAACAACAAGAGGAUGAUCGCCAACCCGCCCUUUGAGGUGCGCGAAACCGGCUGGGGCGGCUUCACCGUCGAGAUCCGGCUCUACUUCCAGCCCUUCGUCGGCGAGAAGCACGCCGUCCGCUCGCACUACCUCUACCUCGAGCCGUACGGCCCGCCCGAGACGGCCGAGCGCCAGCGCGCCGCCAACCUCGUCAAGGCCGAGAUCCUCGACUUCGUCGAGUUCAACGAGCCCACCGAGGUGCUCUACGCCGCGCUCACGGACGAGGACCGCCAGUGGCCGCCCGAGGGCGCGGGCGCGGGCACGGGCAGGGGCAAGGGCAAGGGCGCCGCCGCCGCCGCCGCCGCCCAGGCCGCCGCCCAGCGCAGGGCCGCCGGCCAGGAGGACCGCAGCGUCGAGCUGCCCGACCGCGGCACCGAGCGCAACCCGUACAGCAAGCAGAUGGAGGAGACGUUCAUCCGCCUGUUCAAGCAGGCCGAGGUCGACGUGGACAAGCAGCUCGAGGAGCUGACGAAGCGCAAGGAAAAGGUCGAGGCGAGGAGGAGGGACUUGAUCGCGAGCGGGGAUUUGGAUGUGGGGAAGAAGAAGAAAUGA